AUGGGUCGGAGCAGAAGUCGAACUCCUCCUCGACGAGGUGAGUGAAGCUAACGACGCUAAUGCUACCAUUACGUUUGGUGUACGAUGUGGCUGAUGGGCGAGUUUUAUAUUUAUUUUUAACACCAAGAAAGUCAAGUUUACAGUAUAUUAUAUGCAACUUUAGCAAUUACCAAGUACUUUUAAAUUUUUGUGGUAGAAAUGCGGAUGUAAAGGAAUCGUCUAGAAGUCUAGCCUUUGUUGGAUGAAGCCAUCUGAUGGAGACCACUGAUGAUCAAACGCUGUAACUCAUUAAAAAUGUAGUAAAACAAAGAACAUUUGGACCUUAAAGUUACAUUAAGAGGUUAAGAGUAUCGUGUAAAGCUAAGAAACAUAUACUAAAAACCAAAAAUAAUAUAAAUGGAAAUAAACCAUGCAACACAGGAAUUACAUCAACAAAGACCUAAGGCCCAGAGAUGAGAGGAAAAAUAAUAAUCAAUCAAUCAAUAAUAAGAUAAAUGAAGGAAGGUAGUAGCAUACCUUAAUGGGGAAUGCAAUAUAACACAGGAUAUGUGAAUACAUAAUUAAAACACAAGGCAAUAAUAUGAUAAAUGCAUUGAUUAUAUUGAUUAAUCAAAGAGUACAGUCAGUCCCUGAAGUGCAAGAUUAAUGCCAACACCACUGUAGGGCCUGAAGUUGUGAAGUGUGUAAUUAAACUGAAAGGGAAAUGGGUUUAGCUUUGAUUCAUUCUUGGCACCAGCAGUACGAUACAUCCACUGUACAAGUCCGAACAAAGAUCUAUCGCUGCAUUUCUGUUUGUAACACCUCCAGUUCAAAGUCAGCUGACCUGCUGUGAGUUUACACCAGCCCUGGCCUCAUAUAUCUUCAUUUUCAAAGCUUUUCUGUCUAAAUUCUAGACCAUUAGAUUACUAGUCCUUAAGUAUGGAGUUCACAGCAAUUUUUUUGUACAAUUUGUUUUAAAAUAAACUUUGAGGUUUUGUGCUCGUUUUGCCUGGAAUAAUAAAUGUAGAGAAUCAUUUCAUAACCCUGGUAAAACCUCUUAGAUUGGUCUCAAGCUUUGGUUUUUAAUGUCUUGUUUAUAUCUACGUUUUGGGUGUGAUUGCUCUUUUGUUUCUACCUUUGCUGCUUUAUUACAGAGAGGAGGCGAUCCCGCUCGACUUCAAGGGACCGUGAGCGAAGGCGAAGGGACAGGGAUCGCUCUCGAUCUCGAGACAGAGACCGUGAACGCCGGAGAAGUCGCUCUCGAUCUCCUCACAGGAGGCGCUCAAGGUGAAGAAACACUGUUUGUGGUCAUUAAAAAUGGCUGGUGUUUGUCUUUAUAGAAUGUAGGACGUGUGGUUAUAGUUUAAAUGUCAGUGACUCUGAGUGUAUCAAGUUUGUUCUGUCUUUUUAGGUAAUUAGUUUUCUUUGGUUCUUGUGUAUCAGACAGUGCUCAUUUUAUGUGAGUAAUUCUCAUAUUUCAGGGUUAUCUUCACAGAGUAGUACACUCAUCAAAGAAAUGCACAUUUGUAAUUUUACAAAAACACACUAAGAUAUUCAGUCCACAAAGAAUAUUCCAACAAGUGCGGUUGGUCAAAUCCAUAUUAGUGAUGAUAAUAACAGUAAUUAAAAGGAAGAAAAUGAUUAUAUUUGAAAACAGCAAAAGAAAAAAAAAAAAACUCAUAAAUUAUAACUUAUGUCAUGUAAUGUCUGGAUAGUCAUUUGAAAAGCUGUGUCCCUGAUCAGUUUUCUCUGUGAUUUUAAAAGACCUUAUCAAAGAUAGAACAUAAGAAUCACACUGAGAUGCAGAAGUGUCAUCAGUCAUUUGUCGUGGUAACCCUUCCUGCAGCCAUCUUUGUGUUUUCUCUGUAGGUCCCCUCCCAGACGUCACCGCUCCUCCUCCCUCUCCCCUAUGAGACAAAAAGACAGACGUGAAGAUGAGCGCAAAGACGCGAAGGAAAAGUCAUCCAAACCUAUCCAGAUCUCAGGUAUGUCUUUGGUUUCUAUAUAAAUGGAUAAAAGAAAUUCAUCCUUUCUGGGCUUGUGACUGUUUGAAGUUUGUCAUUGUUGUUUGCUCAAAAUUCAACACAAUUUUGUUAUAACAGCUGAAGACAUGCAGGGAAAAACAGAGGAGGAAAUAGAGAUGAUGAAACUGAUGGGAUUUUCUGGGUUUGACACCACCAAGGUGAGUUCAGAGGGGUGUCAUUUUCUGUACAGCCACAGGGGGGUGCAGUGAAUGUCAUUCCGAGUUCUUUACAUCCUGCAGCUCACUCGCCUGUUGUUGUGUUUGUGGACCUGCUUUAUAUCCCAGUUUCAUGUGACUGCUCUGAUCUGUGACCAACAAGGUUACUGACUGUGGUUUCAGAGCAGUCAGUGAAGAUUCACUGUGUAGGUCGGUCCUGAACAGGCUGUGAUCACAGUUCAGAUGUGUGCCUUUGAGGGAUAUAAACACUCUUUGGAAGUGUUCAUUAUCAAGUAUAAAACAUCCAUCAAUAUGCUUAAACUUUUCCUCUGAUCAAAACGAAACCAUUUGUAAUUUCCUGUAUUUUGUAUUUUUAGCAGCACCAUAAUGGGUAUUACUGCAUAGCUGCAGAACAUAGAGAGGCGGUCAGAUAGUUUAACAUACUGAGGAUGAAAAUGCGGAGCAGGAUCAUAAAACUACAGAUUGUAAAACCUCAAACUGCUGGAUGUGAGAAUGCUACGAUAAGGAAACCAAACUGAGAAAUACUCCAGACUCAAAAGUGCCCAGUUCUCUGCCUUCUGUUUCUCACUAAGAUAAGCAAGUCUUCUUGAUUGGGUGUUGGUUCGAAGCAUGAUUGGAUCAAUAUCAGCCCAGUGGGAGAAAACACCGUCUGUAAGGGCACAAUGUUGCUGGUAUGCAGACAUACUGGUGUACCAACCCCUACAGUUUCUGUGUCAACUUUCUACCGGUCUGUCAGCUUUUAUUCAGAGAAGGGGUAAUGUCCCAUAAAAAGUUCCCGACCACAGUGUCUAUGUCAAUAGGGGCAGGAGGGUGUAGGUGAUCUCCCCAGCUGAAAAAGAGCUUUAGCUGUUUAGUUUGGAUUACAUAAAAAUGCUCUAAACGACAACACCCUGAUAGCUGAACAUGGUGUCAGACCACACAUUAAUUAGCCUAUCUCUACCUAAUACAAAAUUAAAAAUGCACGCUCAAGCUUGUUCUCAACAGACACUCACUCAGUAUUAGAGUAAUUAUUUCAGAGACGAACCACAGUCACUUUUUGCAAGCCAAAUCAAGUCCCAUGGUUUUGGCUCAGAGUCCAAGUGAAGCCUCUCCCUGUGUUGAUAAGUAACAACCAAAUACAUUUGUGUAAUCACGAAAUGGGAAGCUACUCCGCUUAAAAUUUAUCAAUAUCAAUCAGGACUCAGAAUGAAAAGCUAUUUAUUACAAUUAUUAAACUUAUCUUGCUUGACAGAAAGCCUUUGCUGAUUGAACUCUAUGGGGAGAUUUUCAAGAUGAUAGGAUGACUGAUCUGUGAACAGCAGAAAAAUCCCCCCAUGGAGCAGAAAGCUGUCUAACAUAAUUAAAAAAUCACCCAAAAAAUGCUAUUUGUAUUUCUUUAUUUAGCACAGAUUAAAAACAGUGCAAGGAGGGAACGAAGAUGAUAGGCUUAUACAAAGUUCCACUCCUGUCAGGGCAGAGAAAGCAUAAGGUGCAGACAACAAAGUAACUAGGACAUAGACAGGUUACACAUAUACAAUGAUUAGGGAAAGGUCAAACAGAUACAAAUCGCCAUAAAUGGAACACAGACUAAUUAUCAAACAGUGAUAAAGACAAUAUAAGUAUUCAUAGAAAUGAAAGGAACAUGAUCAUAACAAAUAAUGAUGUAUUUAAGACAUGAGGAAUUUUAUUGAUUUUAGAGAUGCAUCCAGAUUAUUCCACAGUGUCGGACCUCUAAAAGUGAUGUUAGACUAAUGCUACAAGUUUGACAGGAGGGUAACUGAAGAUGGCCAUUUUGUCUUGUUGAGUACGGGUGAAGGUCGGAUGAAAAUGUAAAAAAGUUUUUGAAAGUUUCAGGAAGGUGUUGUUUGUUAUUGAUGAACUUGUGGACAUAUAUACAAGAGUGAAAGACAUUGAGUUUGAUGCUCAGUAGUUCUGCUUGAAUGGCCAUCUUAUUUAUGGUCUAUAUGAGUGUAGCCUGGGCUGUUUUGUCAGCAAGUGACGUGGUGUGGCUGCAGGCGCAUCAGGAGUGGAAGACAACAUGGGAUUAGAGGAAAUUAUGUAGAGAUCCUGAUGUUAGUGAGACAAGACAAAGAGUCGUGAAGCUUGAGUAUGGGUCAAGUCAGGUUAGUGUGCAACUUUAGUAAUUUUAACUAUGAGGGACUCUUGUUCCAAUUGUAUUCGUCAGUGGAUUUCUUAAUAUGCUCCAUGUCAAGACUAAUGAUGUCUCUCCAGCACUCUUCAACAAGGCUGUGAGGCUGUGUGAGCCAAAUUACCAGCAACUAAGGCUCAGUCUUCAUCCAGAUGAGAGCAAUAGCUGGGAGUGACAUUGACAUGACUUAGAUAACAUCUUGAACAUUUGAAUAAAGCCACCCUGACAGGCUCUGAAUGUCAGUUCCCAGGCCAACCUUGAAUUCACAUUACAGCAUGCACCUGUUUUAAUAGAAUUCCAUGUUUUUCAAGAUUUUUCGUCCAUGAUUAUGUAGUUUUGUGAUGGAGGGGAGUGAACUGUGUCAAGCAAAUAAUAUUCCACUCUCUGUUUUAUGAGUUACACACUUUUUGAACUGUUGUUUGUGAUGCUUUGUUUGGUCAGAGGCAGUAACUGUGUUUUCAAACAGGGGAGGAAAAGCGACGGAUCGGCUAAUGCGUAUGCUGUCAAUGUGACCAUGAAGAGGAAAUACAGGUAUGUCAAAAGAAGAACUUUUCUAACUGGGUACAGCUGUUUGUUGGUUGUGCAGCAUCACAACACUGCUGAAUUAUCUGCAGACACUUGCUAAAAAUGUGUCUUUAGGUCUAAAUGCCGCUCUACAGGGAUCUUUUUGAAGUAAUCGUUUAAACCUAAGUCGUCGAUCAGGCGUUCGGCUGAAAACAUCAACUUUUCAGUCCCCUCACAGUGGGCUCUCUCAGCAUCAACCACUGUUAUUGUAGCCAAUCACCUCUGCAGGUGUUUCUAAGCAGACAUCCUGACUCUCCCAUUGGUGCUCGAUGAUGUAAUCUGCAAGUGUUGCGAGGGUAACAGUGAUGCAAUGUUUUUCUCAUAUAUAUAUUUAUUUUUUUUAGGCAGUACAUGAACAGGAAAGGUGGAUUCAACAGACCACUGGAUUUCAUCGCCUAA